AAGAAUGAUUUAAAAUUAAAAAAAAAAUAACUGUACAUAUUUGUACGUAAAAAUUCAAAGUGAGUUUAAGAAAUGAAUAAUUUGAUCAUAGUCGUCGUUAUAUGUUGUGUAACACCGGUGGUGUUGCCAGCUAAAUAUAUUAUACCGAAGUGGAAAAAACAGCCGGCUCUAUAUCAGAAGAGUGUCCAGGCGUGCGAGUUGCCGUCGGUGCAGAGCGAACACAGCCACUAUGUGUGCGAUGACAAAGGAGAGCCGAAGUGCCUGCCUGGCUGGCAGGGCGAUCUCUGCGACGUGCCAACUUGCAAAAAGGGCUGCGAUCCAUUGCAAGGUUACUGCAAACGGCCAGGAGAAUGUCGGUGUAAGUUAGGAUUCUACGGUGAGCGAUGCAACAAAUGCAUACCUCUACCAGGCUGUCAGCGUGGCUACUGUAACGUUUCCUUCGAAUGCAUCUGCAGGGAUGGCUGGGAUGGGAUAUUCUGUUCUGAGCCAAUCUGUCGUUCCGAUUGUCACCCAACUCGUGGUUACUGUGAGUCCCCGGGCGAGUGCCGUUGCCGAUUGGGUUGGGCCGGGCCGACGUGUCGCUCGUGCCAGACGUUACCGGGCUGCCAACAUGGAUAUUGCGAUAAGCCGCUAGAGUGCAAAUGCCUGCCUGGCUAUACUGGAUUGUUGUGCCAGACCCCAUUGUGCUCAACGGGUUGCCACAGCGAGCGAGGUUACUGCCGGCGGCCAGGUGAGUGCCGAUGCAAGGUGGGCUGGACGGGACCGACGUGCGCUCAAUGCCAUCGCUACCCCGGCUGCGUGCAUGGCACCUGCAACCGGCCUUGGGAGUGCAUCUGUGAGAACGGUUGGGGCGGCAUGCUCUGUGAUGAAGAGCUCAAUUUUUGUGAAAAGAAUCCUGAUACUUGUAAGAACGGUGGUAAAUGUCAAUCUCUGGAAUCUGGAGAUGGCUACUUUAGGUGUCAAUGUCCCUCCGGAAUCAGCGGGAAACAUUGUGAGAACGUUCCAGAAAGUAUGACAACACCAGCGACUAAUGCUACGGAAGUACCGGAGGAAGUCGAAGAAGUUGAAGAAACUACAGAGAAGACUGAGGAUGCAUUCGAACUGAGCAGCGGCGACAAUGAGACUGAAUGAUUUUAAUUAUAGGUGCUAAAUUAUUUAUUUAUUUUAGUUUUAGUAGCAGUAAAAAUAUGUCAAAAUGUUGGAGUUUGGUAAAUAUU